GCGCCCGUGUGGUGCGUUCAGUUGCUACUCUCGCGAGGAAGAAGUGACGUCAGAGCAAAGGCAUCAUGGCGGCCGUCAUGAGAAUUGUUAACAGAAGCGCUUUACAUUCAGCAAUGGGUCAGAAGUAUGUGGCAUAUAGUUCAGCAGCAAAGGUCUCCGCAGCUGGCGUAAGAGCAGGUCAAGCUCUUCCAGAGAAGGUGAAAAUAGUGGAGGUGGGACCCAGAGAUGGUCUCCAGAAUGAAAAGACUAUGGUGCCAACAGAGACAAAGAUUCAUUUGAUUAACAUGUUGUCAGCGACAGGGCUGGGAGUCAUUGAGGCCACCAGCUUUGUAUCUCCAAAAUGGGUUCCACAGAUGGCAGACCAGGUGGAGGUGAUGGAGGGGAUCUGUAGGAAACCUGGAGUGUCUUACCCCGUCCUCACCCCCAAUCUUAAGGGUUUCCAGGCUGCUGUGAAGGCUGGAGCUUCAGAGGUAGCCAUAUUUGGUGCUGCAUCUGAGCUCUUCAGUAAGAAGAACAUAAACUGCUCAGUGGAUGAGAGUUUACAGCGCUUUGACGAGGUUAUGAAAGCAGCUAAAGAAGCCGGUGUGCCAGUAAGAGGUUAUGUGUCAUGUGUUCUUGGAUGUCCAUAUGAAGGCAAGGUGGCACCUGAAAAAGUUGCACAUGUAGCUAAGCGUCUGUACUCCAUGGGCUGCUAUGAGAUCUCUCUCGGGGACACUAUUGGAGUGGGGACUCCAGGUAGCAUGAGUGAAAUGCUGGAGGCCGUGAGCAGAGAGGUGCCAGUUAAUGCCUUGGCAGUGCACUGCCAUGAUACCUAUGGCCAGGCCCUGGCUAACAUCCUCGUAGCCUUACAGAUGGGCAUCAGUGUGGUAGACUCGUCAGUAGCUGGACUGGGCGGCUGUCCCUACGCCCAGGGGGCUUCUGGGAAUGUUGCUACUGAAGAUGUAGUCUACAUGCUGCAUGGACUUGGGAUUCAAACGGGAGUGGACCUCUCAAAGCUGAUGGACGCUGGAGCUUUCAUCUGUCGAACCCUCAACAGGAAGACCAGCUCCAAAGUAGCGCAGGCCACCUGCAAGCUGUAGACAAAAACCAGACCACAGACUAUACACCGUAGCACAAUUCUUUAACCUGUAACAUUCAUCCUCUGUAUGUUCAGUUCUCCAUAUUCUCUCUGUCAUGAGUUCGAUUCAUCCUAUGCCAGUUCAAAUAUUACUUUAGUUUUAGAAUAAAAUACCUUAUUCACUAGAUAAUAGCAGAGCUGUAAGGGUGCCUUAUGUACAGUCAGUCUAAUCAUACAGAUCCUACUUAUUAAACGCCAUGCCUUCACCGGUUUCUUUAAUAGUGUGCUUACAUUCCUUUCUUGGCUGUAGGUAAGUCAAAGUGAAGCACCGUCUUUGUUUCUAAUAAAAAAUGAACCGGUGGAAAAAAGGGAUGAACUCACUGCUGAUGUCAGAAAAGACAAAUUGUUUUGACUUCUAUCAUCCUCUGUGUGCAGUGAUCACUGUCUUCAAAUGGAUUCUCUAUAUAGUCAUCGUCUAUAGAAGCAAUCAGUCUUAUGAACUUGGGCAUUGUACUGGCUUGUGAAAAAACGUUGAUGUGCUGUGUAUUUAUUUUAUUUUCAAAUUCAACAUGUACAUAUCCAACUAUAUUGUAAAUUAACAAAUUGUAAAUUUUAAAAUAAAUCAAUACUAUUUCUUGAA